CAUGCGAACUGAGGCCCAAAGGGGAAUGCCUUCCACGCAGAUCUAAGCCAGCUGCCCUCCUUUAUACACAGCAAAAAGUAGUGGAAGACAACAGGGACCUGCAGAUUCCCCUCCUCACCAAAGCCGCUACCAGCUUCACAAACAGCAGACAAGCUACAAAUGGUCGAUUUUGACAUUUGCUGCCCGUUGGAGUCUGUGUGCUUCAGAUUCUCUGGACUCAAAGGGCACUUGCUGCCCUGAGAGUGGGAGGGGGUCUCGUCAAGCAAACUGACCUCUAAGGUUAAGUAGAAUCAGUUUGUGUGAAGGUCUUUGGAGGAGGAGGAGGAGGAGGAGGAGGGGAGAAAGGAACAGUUAGUGGGAGGCCACGGUGUGGCUCCUGCACUUCUCAAGAAGGAAACGAAGCAGCUGCCAGGAAGCGAGGUAAGCGAGGAGAUGGCCACGGGAGAAAUAACAACACUUCCAUCUUCACCUGAAGACGGCAGCAGCAGCGGCUUUCCUCCUGGAAACUUCAAAGACCCCAAGAGGCUGUACUGUAAAAAUGGAGGCUUCUUCUUGAGGGUAAAAUCUGACGGGGGAGUAGACGGAAUCCGGGAGAAAAACGACCCCCACAUAAAGCUCCAACUCCAGGCAACCUCGGUAGGGGAGGUGGUCAUCAAAGGAGUGUGUGCAAACCGAUAUCUGGCGAUGAACAAAGAUGGACGGCUGUUUGGAGCGAGGCGAGCGACAGACGAGUGCUACUUCUUAGAACGGCUUGAGAGCAACAACUACAACACCUACCGCUCCAGGAAGUAUCCGAACAUGUACGUGGCGCUGAAGCGGACUGGCCAGUACAAGUCUGGAAACAAAACUGGACCGGGUCAGAAGGCCAUUCUUUUCCUUCCCAUGUCUGCUAAGUGCUAAGUGGGGGAUCUGGUUGUGAGAUACCGAAGAUGCUGACGAAGAUGUGACGGCAAUGAAAUCAGAGAUCCAUUAGCAUUGCCCAAAAUAGCUGUGAUGCUCCACUUUUUUAUCCUAAAACAUGUUUUAUUAGUCAGCUUUAUUUUUGACUAACAGUCCCAGAGAUUCAUACCAGGCUGCUUCUAGAUAAAUCCAGUUUCACUACAAUUUCACUACAACUGGUACCUGCCGCUUCAAUUACCCCAAAAUGAACAAAAGCGGAGAACAUUUUCCUUGUUCUACAAACAUCGAUCUUCCCUCGUGGCUGGCUAGUCUAUUAAAUAAAUAUUACUAUUCCAGCCAGUUUAGUUUGUUUAUGUUAGGCAAACUGUCCCCAAGUUAGUUAACAAGCUACAGCUAUCUCAGUCCUGAUUAUAAAAUCUUAUUACAGCAGAUUUCAGAACAGAAUCUUUAAAAUUAGUCAAGAUCAGCAGUAGUGUCUGAAUGUGGCCCUCAAAAAUAAACCAAUUAAAACAGCAGUAAUAAAACUGCGAUAGACCUCUAAAUGCAUGACCUCUAAAAACCUGCAGCUUCACACGUUUUAAAAGUAACAGUCCAUAUAUAAAUAGUUUAAAUAUGAGCAUUCACAGCCUUAAAUUGUGAUGGCUCCCUAUGAUCUUAGCGCUGCAGGGAGCUGUCUGUGGUACAGCUGGUAGAACAUCCCGGAGUAAAUGGCGGGGAGCUCCUCCAUGGUGAGGUCGAUCUUGUCGAAGCCGUGCUCCAGACCGUGGAGCAGCAGCCUGGCGAUGCGUGAGGUGAUGGGAGUGGUGCUGCUGGUCCUGGCCAGCUCGCUGAGGUCCAGCCACUCGCAGCGCAGACACUCCUGAGUGCAGAAGUUGAUCUCGUAGGUGAGCGGGCUCAGGCGGCAGAUGAUGUACAUGUCUGACAUGCCGAAGGCGCCAGGAUGGUUGUGCUGCUGCCGGAUGCUGAGCAGAGAUCUGAACUCGGAUCGAACGCCGGUCUCCUCAAAAACUUCACGAACAGCAGUGGCGCCUGACAAAAACAAACCAACCAAAAAAAAAAAAAAAGAUUCUGGAUAUAAAGAAUAUAUUUAUACUCAUUUUUGUCAAACUGACUACUCUCCAAGUGUGGGGAAAAGGGAAACUACAUAUAUUUUUUGUAUAAACAUGUUUGACGCUGCUUUUUGAGGUGGAUCUUGUCCAUAUUUAUAGCUGCUUUUAACAUAUUAAAAACGGGGAAUGGAAGCAGGAGAGAUCGCAUAAACACCAUGUGCCUGGUCCCUGUACUUUUGUACAGUUCAAAUGAAUGUAAUGUGUCAUCUUUAAGUGCAUUAUUAUGCUCAAAUAAUUAAUUUAGAUGUACUGUAUUAGUUCUUUGCUGAUUUCAGUGUGACACUCACCGAUAUUUUCUCCUGGAUCCGACAAACCACCGGGGAAUUUCCAGGCAUUCUUUGUCUGAAAUUCAAGAGCAAAGUUAAACUUUAAUGCGAGUUGUGAUCAAUGGCACUACUACAAACUCAUCUGUAACAAAUAUUCUGUACACUGCAACAAUGUCUGUUUUACUGAGAGAAAACGUAAGUCACUCGUUUUUUUCUGACUUGUUUUUGUCUUUUUUUUUUUUAAAGAUGACCUUUAGUCAAGCUAAUAAUUACACAUGAAGAGUAAGUUAAUCUAGUUUUAGGUUUAAUGCCUCACUCUUGGGGACUUUAACUGCGGUGAAAUGAGACUACAAAAACUGUUUCACCACUUAAUGAUAUUUAAUAACUAUGCUGCUGGUUAAAUUAUGAAGUCUAUGUGUAAAUAUAUUUUUAUAGUUUCUUAACAAUUGUUAAAUGCUAUGCUCUAUUUUUCUUAGUAAGAAACACAGAUGCACUAUGCCUUGUUUCCAUGUAAAGUUAAUAAAAAUUGAAUAUUUUUUGGAGUUGUUUAUAUAAUGUGCUAGUAGAAAGAAAUACAAUAUUUGCAACUCUAA